UGGCGGAUGCCAUGGCGAUGGAAUUUUGUGUUGAUGUUUUUCCCUCACUGUUUCCCUCUACCAAUCCAGCCCAUAUACAACAAAGACGUAAUCAGGGAAUUGAUACUCACACAGGCAGGGGGUUUCAAGGCCUCAUCAGCACAGUUACACAGCUACACACAGAUACAAGCAGGCACAGGUUCCAUGGAAGAGUGUACCAUCUGCCUGGAGCCAUUUGGCGAGGGUACCAGAACACGGUUGCAGCCAUGUGGGCAUCACUACCACACACACUGCAUUGAUCACUGGCGCAGCCAGUCGAAUCACUGUCCCACAUGUCGUUCUGAGUUCUCACUGGUGCAAACGGUGGCCCGUGGAGGUGAGGUUGUAUCGCAGUGCCGCCCCACAAGGGUGGCUGCUGUUCCUCAAGAGGAGUUCUUUGAGGAGAAUGAGAUGAUGGCUGAUGAUGCGGUGCCGAGGGACGAGGUUCAGAGACGGAUAGAGAGGCUUGUUGGCAUAUACAACGUUUGCAUGUUGUGCGAUAGGCAUUCUGGCCACGUGCUGAGCUGCUGUGACUGCUCAUCGACGUUCCAUGCCACAUGUCUUGGGCUUCUGAGCAGUAGCGUACACUGGAUGUGUCCGAUGUGCUCGAGUGAACAACGCCAGGAGACCGAGAGAACGAGUCUAUUCAGGAGAAGCAGGAUGAGUGAGAGAACAAAUAGAGUGUACAAUAUGCUGACGGACUAUGGCAGGGACACCAGCGUGCACGUGAUGGAGGAAACCGUCGUGGAGAGGAGCUCAGGCUCCGUUGAUGAGCAGAAUGCCUGGUCUCAGUUCGAAAGGGUAAGAAGAGGUGAAGCAGGAGCCUCGAUGACAAGCGUUGGCUCAUCGAUGGGUCGCAAGCAAAAGCCACCAUCAAGGAGAGGUAGGUCAGCGAAGGUGCAAGAGACACAAUGCUCAUCUACAGCACAGCAAUGCCAUGCUCCUCCAGCAUCUCACUCUCUAAUCGGACGUAUAGUUAAUGACAUGAAACACAGCUCGAGAAGAGAGCUGGUGGUGCCCAUCGGUAUAUCCACCACCACGUCCCAGUCACCUCAUUCACCGCAAUCACCGCAGUCACCAACAUCUUCCAUAUCGUCGUUCCAGGCCUCUUUCGAAGAGGGACAGUGGAAGAUGGACACCACUGAACUUGCACUGGAACAGAAGACUACGUUGCAGGAGAUGGUGCGAGAUAGACUCAGACCAAAGUUCAAAGAUGGGACAGUGGAUGUACACCAAUACACAGAGAUAAAUAAGCGUGUGAGUCGUGCUUUAUACCAGGCAUAUCUCAACGGGGAGGUUUCAAACCUGGAACAAAUAGCAGAUGAAGGCGUUGAACGGGAGCUAAUGAAUCUAUGA